GACUUCAUCAAAGAUGAGAGCCAGCCUCUUGAGGAUCGAAUUUGGGUGUGGACUCAUUAUGGUACCGCUUACCGAGCCACAUACACCUUGUACGAAGUGACUUUUGCCGGGAAUUGGCCCACGAACGCACGCCCUGUGCUGGAGCGAGUUAGUCAGGCUUUCGUGGUCUUCUACCUUCUCUAUAUCACUAUCAUUGUAUUUGCCGUUAUAAGAGUGAUUUCUGCAAUUUUCCUCAAAGAUACACUGGAUGAAGCGCACAACGACGCCCAGCAUCUGGUUUUGGACCGGCUGAAAAAGAAGGCGGAGUACAUCGAACGUCUGGAGGGUGUUUUCAGAACUCUCGACGUGAACGGCCGCGGAACGCUUUCAGAACAGGUGCUGAACCAUAUGCUGGCGAAUCCCAAAGUCAAGGCUUACUUCCAGACACUGGAGGUUGAUGUUCAAGAAGGCACAGCACUGUUCCACCUUCUCGAUAACGGCGACGGCGAGGUAACCUUGGAAGAGUUCAUUGAUGGCAUCAUGCGAUGCAAAGGCCCCGCACGUGCUAUCGACACUGUGGCACUGCACUCGGACGUGAAGCAGCUUGACAACAAG